AUGUCUAAACAUUCAGUGCCUGCCCAUAAAAUUCAAGCGAGGCAAAUAAGCAUGCAUACAAAACAUGAUUCAGAAAGUCAUGAACAUAGCUACAUAACGCCUAGAUUCCAACGAAUAAGCAGUAGGUUUGAUACAGUGUCAUCAGAUGGUAUGAAUGCACCAAAAAGAAACGUUGAACCAUCACAGAUAACUUUUGAAGUAGCAUCAGGACCUGACUUAUCGAAAAGAUCAUUUUCUUUCAGUCAAAGAGAUGUCAUUCUUAUUACUUUGGGUGUUUUACUUGCUCUUGGCGCUUCAAUUACUGCAAUCGCUCUUGCUAUUAAAUAUCGAACAUAA